AUGAGGUGGACGUUCAUUGCGUUGUCGAGCAUAGCAGCACUAGCUCUUGCUCAGGACAGCACAUCUACGGACUUCUCAGCCGCUCCCACCGACUCCUCUGGCUCUGCUGCCACGACUUCAUACAGCAGCGUGGCCGUCAGUAGCACUACGGAGACGAGCACGACCAGCGAGCCCGUAACACAUACGAUUGAGGUUGCAAAGGGAGGGCAUACCUUCGUGCCCGAUGUAGUGCUCGCGGACAAAGGCGAUACGAUUGUCUUCCUGUUCUAUCCUACGAACCACUCCGUAGUACGCGCCGAAUAUGGCUAUCCAUGUAUACCGUACGAAGACACAGGCGUUGAUAAAGUCGGGUUCUUCUCCGGCUUCAAACCUGUCGACGCCAUCCUUCCCGAGCCACCGACGUGGUCGAUCGUGCUCAAUGACACAGACCCGAUCUUCUACUACUGCGGCGCCCCGGGGUCGUGUAUCGAUUACCAAAUGGUCGGGGUGAUUAACCCGAACGCCACGACAUCCUUGCAGCAACAGAAAGAUCUUGCGUCACAGUCACAAUUCAUGCUUCUCCCCGGUCAGCCGUGGCCAGAAGAAGGUGAAAAUCCCUUCACGACGACAACUUCCGCGGCGCCGACCAGUUCGCCGACCUCUGCGCCAGCUGCAACGAGCUCGGCGGCGGCAGCGCCCACCUCCAGCUCGAAUCACUCGAGCUUGUCCCCUGGCGCCAUUGCGGGAAUUGCUAUUGGUGCCGCAGCAGUCGUCCUCGCGGCAGCUGUCCUUCUAUACAUCUGCGGCCGGAAGUCCGCACGCCAAAGAAACAAAGCCAAAGAACCGAGCAACGCCCAUGGGCCCGCGAACAUGCACCAGAUGCCCUACAACGCGCACGUGAGCAUGGCGCCAUCGUACAUGGAUCCGACCAAGCACAUGUCCCUGUACAGCAGCGUGGCGGGCGUCUCUCCAGCGCUGCCAGGCUACAUGCCAUACCACGACCCGAACAUGUCGCCGCCCAUGCACGGCGCGCCGUUCCCCAUGAGCGACAGCCUCGCUUUGGCGGCGGGCCAAGGAAGCGACAUUGCUGCGAGCCCGAACAAUGCGAGUCCCAACCCGAUGUACAGCGCUCCGGCCUAUAGUAGUGCAAUGAACUAUGGUGUUCCCGGCAUGGCCCCACCGAUACCCACAUCAUCGCCCGUCCCAAUGAAUGUCCAUGAGAUGCCUGCUUCGUCGGACCCGAGCCAGCAGCAGCAUCUAGGCCAACAGGGCGGUGGCUUUCCAAACUCCGUCAACAGGCAGUCGAGCGUGAGCAAGUCUAGCGGCGUGGAGAGAUAUACCUGA